CCCAUUAGAAGAAGAAUUAACCAUUUCUAAUUCCAUCACUGAGCAAACUUCCCUAGUUGUUGAAAUGCCUGUUGCUUCAACCAACUCUGAGACAGCUAUGCAACAGGUUCUGGACAACCUCAGUGACCUCCCCAAUUCCAUGGGAGCUGGAGAUCUGGAUCUCAUCUUUCUCCGCGGCCUCAUGGAGAGUCCAAUAGCUCACGACCGGCUGGAGGAGACAAAGCUGGAAGCUGUGCGGGACAACAAUUUGGAGCUGGUCCAGGAGAUACUUAAAGACAUCACACACGUUGCUCAGCAAGACAGCACAGCAGCCGAACUGGCCCGCAUCCUCCAGGAGCCACACUUCCAGUCCCUCUUGGAAACUCACGAUUCUGUUGCCUCUAAGAGCUACGAAACUCCACCACCCAGUCCUGUCCUGGACCCCAUGUUCAACAACCAGCCAGUUCCACCAGAUGCUGUACGCAUGGUGGGAAUUCGUAAAACUGCUGGGGAACACCUGGGUGUGACAUUCCGUGUGGAGCGUGGCGAGCUGGUCAUUGCACGUAUCCUACAUGGAGGCAUGAUUGAUCAGCAGGGGUUGCUGCAUGUGGGUGAUAUUAUCAAGGAGGUGAAUGGGCAAGAAGUGGGCAGUGAUCCACGAGCCCUCCAAGAAGUGCUAAAAAAUGCAAGUGGAAGUGUUGUACUCAAGAUCCUGCCCAGUUAUCAGGAGCCACAUCCACCACGCCAGGUGUUUGUGAAGGCCCACUUUGACUAUGAUCCAAUCACUGACAACCUCAUUCCAUGCAAGGAAGCUGGACUGAAAUUUGUAGCUGGAGAUCUUCUUCAGAUUGUCAACCAGGAUGAUCCCAACUGGUGGCAGGCCUGCCAUGUGGAAGGUGGCAGCGCAGGGCUGAUCCCAAGCCAGCUGUUGGAAGAGAAGCGCAAGGCCUUUGUGAAGCGUGACCUUGAAGUCACCCCAUCAUCAGGUGCCUUGUGUGGAAGCCUUAGUGGGAAGAAGAAGAAAAGGAUGAUGUAUUUGACCACCAAAAAUGCAGAGUUUGAUCGACACGAGCUGCUGAUCUACGAAGAAGUAGCUCGAAUGCCCCCUUUCCGCAGGAAAACUUUGGUGCUCAUCGGUGCCCAGGGGGUAGGACGGCGCAGUAUUAAGAACAAGCUUAUCGUGUCUGACCAGUCUCAGUAUGGAACCACCAUCCCAUAUACUUCACGGAGGCCCAAGGACCAUGAAAAAACUGGACAAGUGUAUAGCUUUGUGACUAGAAGUGAGAUGGACAGAGACAUCAAAGCAGGCCGCUAUCUGGAACAUGGCGAAUAUGAGGGGAAUCUCUAUGGAACCAAGAUUGACUCUAUCCAUGAGGUGGUUGAGUCAGGCAAAAUGUGUAUCCUGGAUGUUAACCCACAGGCUGUGAAGGUGUUGAGGACAGCUGAGUUCGUCCCGUAUGUGGUGUUCAUUGAAGCACCAGAUUUCGAGACUUUACGAGCUAUGAACAAAGCAGCUUUGGAAAGUGGUGUGGCUACUAAACAGCUCACGGAUGCUGACCUGAAGCGGACAGUAGAUGAGAGCUGCCGAAUCCAGCGAGGCUAUGGUCAUUACUUUGACCUCUGCUUAGUCAACGAUAAUAUGGAGCGGACAUUCCAGCAACUUCAGGAGGCCUUGCAGAAGCUGUAUGGUGAACCACAGUGGGUUCCUGUCAGCUGGGUUUACUAGAAGGGAGCUCCCACUCCUGUCCAUAGCCUCAGAGCCUUGGUUUUCUCCAUCUUCUACUGUCUCCAUUUUGCCAAGGGACCUAGAUUUCUUAUCUGCCCAUGUCCCUUUUCAACCAUCAAGCUUACCCAGGUGUCUAGGCUGUGUAGAUUAAACUCAGUUGGCUUCACUCUAUUCUAAAGAGAAGGUGUUUCCUCAUUCCAUUUCAGAACACCUUCAGCCUGCCAGGAAUUCUUUUUACUGCCAUAAGUGAAUGGAUGUCCCUCAUCCCCUCCUUUUUUUUUUUACAGUAAGUUAUUUAAUUAUGAAUUCAAAGUGGUGGACACAGAAUUGGAGGAGGAGAAGAGCAGAGCUACAAAAUACCCACAAUGCCUUGCUUUGCUACUCCUGAUCCUCUCUGUUCAUAACUCAUCCAUUGUGAGAUGAGAAGGAUAUUUCUCCAGUCACAGCUAUCUCACUGCCAAACCCCCUGUUUUUCUAGAUGGACCACAAUUCUGAUAUUGCCAAAAGAACUGUCAGCCUGAGAUGAUUGGAUGUCUUGCUCACUGAGAUUGUUGAAUCAGGGCAGAAUGCCUUGCCCCACUAUAAGCCUGGUCUGCAAUACUGUUGCAAGAUUUAAAUGGGGUUUAUGGAUAUAUCCAUAAAAGUUUUAUAGUGGAAAAUUAUGACUGAUUGGUCUUUUGGUAGGAACUUUGGUUUGGAACCUAAUGCCUUGGAGACACUAGGGCAGUGACACAAGUACAGUGAUAACAAGCAAGUCCUCUGUCUCAGUUUUGCUAUCUGUAAAAUGGGGCUAAGUAUAAUGGUGAUUAUGUUUACACUCUGUGGUAUUAUUUGUGAAGCUGGAACCCCUCAUUGCAAAGAAUUGCUUUGGCAUAUUCAGAGUGCAGACCUCUUGCCUGAAAUUCUUGGAGAGCUAUUCCAAGUCAUAAUGCUGUAGACAAGGUGGAUCAGUGGCCCAGCCAAAUCAGACAGCUUCAUAUAAAAUUUUCUAUAUUCAGCUGCGGCUUGUUCCUCAUCCUACCAGACUUCAAGAAACUGAUGUAUUAAUAGGAAAGAUACUUGGCUGUCAGGGAAAACAACAGAAACUCUUUCAGGUUUCCCCAAUCAGGUUAUGGACUUCAUCUUCCAGAAUUCUCAGUCGUCAUGCUGACUGGAAAAUUUUUGGAGUUGAAAUCUAUACAUCAGGAAGAUGCACAAGUUGGUAAAGAUUGACUUGUACUAAUCAUUGAUCCAAAUUGCUGCUGCUUCACCUUCAUUGUAAUACAUGCUGAUGCAUACCAUAAAUCUCUUCCCCACUGUUUCUAUGUCCAUUCAGUACAGGCUUCUCAACCUAUACCAUCCACAUGUGUGAACUUCAGAAUUCCCCAGGCAGCACAGCCAUUACUAAGAAUUCCUCAUGUUGAGGAAGGCUGAUUCAGUUCCUUGGUUGUGCCAACCUUGCCUUCAAUGGGAUUCUGUUGGGUUGGAGUUCUCUCCAUCUUGGCUUUUGCCGUAGUGCUAGGUUCAGUGCUUCUUGGUUUUAGGGUUCCUGACAGAACAACUACCACUACCUCACAUACUAUGGCAGCUGUUAAAUGGUGGCAGAAGCCUCUGCGGAGCACGGGUAGAACCUCGGGCUCAGCUUUCCACUGCCAGUUCCAGAAGGGCAUUUCUAGCAAUCCUGUAGUAUGCACUUAUUUCUUUAUUUCCUCCUGUCCUCAUUCUGAUUUUUCCACAUCUUAAAUGAUGCUUGGAAAGAUGCAGAGUCUGGCUUUAAUUGGUUGGAACAGGAACAGGGCAGUGUGAAGGGAAGAGAUUAACAGCCCUGAUGGAUCUAGCCAAAGGCCUAUCUAGUCCAGGAUUCUGUAUCACACAGUGACCAACCACGUGCUCCUCAGGAGACACACAAGUGAUCACCCUUUUCCAGUGUUCUCUAGCAACUGAUCCCUAGGGUUGACUGCCUUUUUAUUCUGGAGGAAGCAUGAAUUUGUCUUGUCCUCUCUUAAAACCAUUAACUUGUGGCCAUACCAUCUUGGAUGGCUGCGCAUUCUGUAAUUUAACUAGGCUUUGUGUAAAAGCAUGUCCUUGUAUUGGUUCUGAAUCUCCCCCACAUUCAGCUUCACAAUGGAAAGACUUCCCUUUUCAGCUGGAAAAAUAGACUAUACAUGGGUGACUUGCUCACUGCAUACCCUGCCAUCUCUGGGGUUUUAGGGACCUUGUUAGCUGUUCCUUUCUUGUAACCAGAGUGAUUACUUCAACAGAUAUUUGUAAAGCAAUAACUCCAUCUGCUGGUAAUCAAGUGUGUGGGCAUACCAAUUUAGUGUCCUACAAGCACUGUUCAGGGAAGGUGAAAUCCACUCGAGUAUUGUGGGACCAGCAAUGCAUAAAGGCAGCUUUAUAUUUAAGUAUUGGCUGUAGCUCAAUAUUUUUUUCUUUUUUUGGAAGUAUUCCCAUAUGCCACUAAACAUACACACAAGAAAGGGGUAAUGCUGGGGACAGUGGGAGGUGGGUGUAAUUGAAUGUUUUGUUAUUGGCCAAGACUAGCAGGCUGUCUAUUUUGUCACUAUCGAAGCCCACCUUCACAUAAGCAAUCAUUUUAUGAUGUAGCCACAAUAUAUUCUAGAUCUGCUCAUUAGCAUCCAAAGAUUGGGGACCAUUAUUCUAAUCCACGUUUUCUUCCCUAUUUGCUUUGUAAGGAAAGCAUGGUCCAAAAAAAAAAAAAACCCCACCAAAAUUUCUCAGAUUUAUCCUAUUUUCGCUCCUUAUUGUUACUACAACAAAGAAGUGAGAAAAAAUUCCUACAGCUCAGCCUCAACCUCCACAUGUUGAGUGUGAUUAGCUGGGCUUUACUCUGUGAUCAGCCCCACUGCAUAGUAGAUUUAAAGUGAUCUACUGAGGUGGCCCUAUGAAGUGGACUAGAUGAAGGGAGCUGUUGGUGUCUAAAUGGAGCAUCCAUUUUUUGAAGAUGGGCCUAGCAGGAUGGAAGCUUUGGCUUUCAUGUCAGGCAGCAAAAUGGCCCUACACCAAUCCUGUUUUACUCUUCAUUCCCUUAAUUUAAUUUGUCAUCAUCUGUGCUUAAGCCCUUUGCAUUCCCUCAGUUUUGAUCCUUCCAUGUGUAUGUCCUUAAACAACCCAAAUGUAACAUUUAUCUGGCUUUUUAAGUCUUGCUUCCAGCAUUAUCUGUCUCAGUAAUUACAAGGGCUAGAAUUUUUUUUGUUUCUUUCUAUAUUAGUCAUAAAAACACAUGUGUAAUAUACAUGAUCAAAUUAGAGAUCCACAGAACAAUACACUUUGUUAGUAUUUUAGUGACUAUUUAGGCACUUCCCUUUCUCUGUGCAUUUAUAUGUCACCAGUGAACAGCAUUAACAUUUCUAAAAUUUUUGCUUAUAUAUAUAUAUACGCGUAUUUAAAACUGUAUAUACUGUGAAAUAGAAUUGGAACUGUCAUUUCCAUGUCUUCCUCCUCUUCUUCUUCCUUUAAUUUCUCUUUUUUUUUCUAUCUCACUGUUAUAGUCCCCUUGAAAAAAAUCUGGUGUGUCUUUAAAACCAGAACCAUUAUUUAAAAGGUAAAUAGUUAAGCGUCCAUUUACUGUCUGUGCUAGGUAAGUUUUCUCAAAAGUGUUGUUACUUCAAUUAGCACCGUGUACUUGCAAAUGAUGAUUUAUGUCUUAUUUUUAAAAAAUCAUAUGUCUUAAA